CCAACGAGUUACUUCAUGAAUAUUGAAAAAAAAUCUUGCUCUGGGUGACGAAAAGGAAAAAACAGGCCAUCUUUUUCUUAUUGUUUCUCCUUCCUUUUCCUUUUAAACUUUUUUUUUUUUUUCUUUUUUGCCCACAAGCGAAGAAACUUUACCCGAAUCUAAAGAGGAUACGCCGCAAAGAAAGUGUGAUUUUUAGAUCCCUCUCUCAGAUUUUCUGAAGUUUUUUAUUAUUAUUAUUAUUAUCUUUUUAAUUUUUUUAAUCACAGGGCGCGUCUUUUUUGAGACAUUUUCUUUUUCUUUUUACACUUCUUCAAAGAUGCUGCUUGAACACCCAGGGUCAAGCUGUCAAAAUUCUGGAAAUUUUUCCCGGUACAGUUCGGGUCAAGAAAUUCCCGUGUGCGCAGGCUGCAAUCAGCACAUCGUGGAUCGCUUCAUCCUCAAAGUGCUGGAUCGCCACUGGCACAGCAAGUGCCUGAAAUGCAGCGACUGUGAGGCGCAGCUGGCGGACAAGUGCUUCAGCAGGGGCGACAACGUCUACUGCAAAGACGAUUUCUUUAAGAGAUUUGGCACCAAAUGCGCGGCCUGUCAGCAGGGGAUCCCGCCCACCCAGGUGGUGAGGAGAGCGCAGGACUUCGUCUACCACCUGCACUGUUUUGCGUGCAUCGUGUGCAAGAGGCAGCUGGCCACGGGUGACGAGUACUACCUGAUGGAGGACAGCAGGCUGGUCUGCAAGGCCGACUAUGAGACCGCAAAGCAGAGAGAAGCAGACUCCACCGCAAAAAGGCCCCGGACGACCAUCACUGCUAAACAACUGGAGACGCUGAAGAAUGCCUACAACAACUCUCCAAAACCGGCCCGCCACGUCCGGGAGCAGCUAUCGUCAGAGACGGGCCUGGACAUGCGGGUUGUCCAGGUUUGGUUUCAGAACCGACGAGCGAAAGAAAAACGACUGAAGAAGGACGCCGGGCGGCAAAGGUGGGGCCAGUAUUUCCGCAACAUGAAGAGGUCACGAGGAAGUUCCAAGUCUGACAAUAACAGCAUUCAGGAGGAGGGCAUGGACAGCGAUGCCGAGGUGUCCUUCACAGAUGAACCGCCCAUGUCAGAGCUUGGCCACACCAACAGCAUUUACAGCAGCCUGAGCGAGUCCUCUCCAGCUGUAGGAGGACGCCAAACUGGCAACAACCACAGCUCCUUCCCACUGGACCACAGCACUCUUCCCUCCCAGGACCAGUUCCACGACAUCCGCUCCAGCAGCCCCUACGGCCUCCCCCAGUCACCAGGGUCCCUUCAUGCCCUGCCGAGACACCAGCCUCUCAUCACCAGCCUCGUUUACCCCGACUCAGGCCUUUCCAUCAUGACUCAGAGCGGCGGACCCGGCAUCAACCCCUCUGUGAGAGUCUCCAUGGGGGCAGCCAACGGCCCCAGCUCAGACCUCUCCACUGGCAGCAGCGGUGGGUACCCGGAUUUUCCUGCAAGUCCUGCGUCUUGGUUAGACGAAGUGGAUCACGGGCAGUUUUAAUUUUGACAGCGAGAAACUUGACUCUGUUGUCUUCUGCUGGCAUUCUUUUUGUGUUCUGUUGGACUGAAGAAAUGUGGGACUCACACAAAGGGGCGAUGUCUGUGUAAAGUAGCAGAACACUGGUCAUAUCUCACUUACAGCUGCCAGAUUAACUUAAUAUAUAAGAGAAAAUAAAAACAAAAAAACUCUCCUUCAUUUAAAACAUUAUAACAUAAAUUUUGAAAAUUACCAAUUUGUCACUAAAUCUAUUCUUUGUAAAUGCCACUCUGGAGUCUUUUAAAGCAAACAAGCUAGUGGAAGAGGAACUAAUAAGGUUAGAUGUUAGACAUAUAUUUUUUAUUUAUUUAUUUUUUUAAUUUUACUUUUUGCUCAAAUCCCAUCAUGCUUCUCUCAUUUAACUUGAUCACUUUUAGCGUGAAAAAUCCAGUUCAAUGCGUAGCAUCUUUAAAUGUCUGUUUGUUGCCAAAUGUCUAUACUUAAGUAUAUACAAAAGUAUACUUAAAUAUACACUUAACAUUUAUGAUCUAUAAAUGUGGAGACUUUAUUUUUAUACAAAUCUGACUCUUGGACAUAAAAGAAGGAGCUGGGCAUGAGGACUUUGUACAUUCUUGAAAAAUGUAGAUAUCAUGUUAAAAUGGUACCGAGGGGUCCGAUCAUUUCUAUGCAUUUGUGUGUUCUCAAAUGUGUCUCGUUUGCUUUGUUGUACCGGAAACCAUCUCAAAGAUGAACUGUAGAGAUUGGAAUUGGGGAUUGGGAUUGGAUGUAUAUGUUUGUUUAUGUGGAAAAUGUUUUAUGUAUUAUUUAUUCCCUACUGUAAUUAUGAUGAUUCAUAUAUAAAUAGCAGGACUUUAAUAAAUUUCACACCUUACAGAA